CUUUCUCCAAAGAGGGAAUUCCCAUUGGGAAUGAGCCCUGGAACCUGUCAGCAAGGAAGGGGGCAUGGUGUCACACACCCUCCUGUGGGGGGCAACGCUGGGAAUUCGUGGGGGCUGGAAGUUGGAAAUCCACGUGGAUUUCUUAACAUUCCUAGUUUUUCUUGGUCUCUGCACACCCCUUCCUGCAUUCCUGGGGAGGGAUGUGGCUGUGAGCUGGGAUGGAGGGGAUGGGGGAACAAAGGGGUGCACUGGGUGGAAAAUGGGACUGCAGGAAUCCGUGUGAAACCCUGGGAUGGGAAUAGGGCCCUGGAGCUUCAUCCUGCAGUGACAGAUGGGGGGGGUGGGUGCUACAGGGAAAGUGGGGACUGGCAGGAAUUUCAGGGUGCGGCCGGUGCCAGGCAGGCACGGGGUCACAGGGCAGGAGGGCUCUGCCCUCGACAUUCCCGGGUUAAUGAUUUCCAAGGAAUCCUCGAGCCUCUCCCUCUGCAGAGCCCACGGCCCAGGCUUUGCCCAGCGGGGUGCACCAUGGUGGAGGUGACAGUGACACCGCAGUCCUCGCUGGCCGACCGAGCAGUGCAGAUCCGGGUGCGGGGACUGUCCCCAUCCCAACUUGUCACCCUGCGGGCAUGGCUGAAGGACGAGCAGGGCGAGUGCUUCCAAUCCCGCGCCUUUUUCCGCGCUGACGAAGCCGGAGAGGUGGAUCCCGGGCUCCAUGCCGCCCUGGGGGGCAGCUACUCUGGGGUCUGGCCCAUGGGGCUCUUCUGGUUCCUGCAGCCUGACACCCUUUUCCGACGGCUGGUCAAGCGGGAUGUGGCCGGCAGCCCCUUCCGUGUCCGGCUGGAAGUGUUCGACGGGCUCAGCAUGGGCACGGAUCCCCGGGAGCAGCCGCUGGGAUCCUGCGAGGCCGAGCGCUGGUAUGUGGGCCCCGGAGUGCAGCGGGUGCCCAUCCGUGAGGGAAGGGUCCGUGGCGCCCUGUUCCUGCCUCCUGGUCCGGGCCCCUUCCCUGGGGUCAUUGACCUGUUUGGGGGUGCGGGGGGGCUGAUCGAGUUCCGGGCAGGGCUCUUGGCCAGCCGGGGCUUUGCUGUGCUGGCCCUCGCCUUCUUUGCCUACGACGACCUGCCCCGAGUCCUGGCCCAGCUGGACCUGGAAUAUUUCGAGGAAGCAGCAGAGCUGCUCCUCCGGCAUCCCAAGGUCCGAGGCCCCGGCCUGGGUGUGGUGGGCGUCUCCAAAGGUGCAGAGGUGGCCUUGGCCAUGGCCACCUUCCUGCCACAGGUGGUGGCCACGGUGUGGAUCAAUGGCACGAGCUUCCUGUAUGGAAACCCGCUGCUCUAUAAGGAGCUCCGCAUCCCUGCCAUUCCCUACUACACCGAGCGCGUCCUGUUCACCGAGGUGGGAGCCAUGGACAACUCAGCCAUUUUCGCCGACCCCCGGGAUCCCGCCUACCGCGCCUCGGCCAUCCCGGUGGAGAAGAUCCGGGGAAAGGUACUGUUUGUGGUGGGAGAGGCCGACCGGAGCUUCAACAGCAAGCUCUUUGCCGAGCUGGCCCUGGCGCGGAUGCCGCCGGAGAGUGGCCGGAUCCUGUCCUAUCCCGGCGCCGGGCACCUGAUCGAGCCCCCCGGAUCCCCCCUGUGCAGCAACUCCAGCAUCCGGGGCACUCCCAAGCCGGUGGCAUGGGGGGGAGAGCCCCAGCCCCAUGCCCGGGCCCAGGAGCAUUCCUGGCAGGAGAUCCUGCAGUUCUUGGAGCUCCAUCUGGGGUCGGUUGCCGCCAUGAAGCUGUGAGGGGUGGGGAAAAGGGCUUGGGAUCACCGGGAUUGUCACUGCGGGGAAUAAAGUGUCACUGGUGGCU